AUGAUGUUGGAAGGACAGCCGCAUGUGCGAUUCGACAACGGUCAGACAAGCUUCGGGAACCAAGCGAACACGAGCGGAUCCAACUCAGCUGAAAGUCUAGGAAGAGAGACACCUAGCACACCGCCGCAAGUCAGCCUUGACCCCGUGAUCAUCUCAGGCGCAUCAGAGUUCAGUAACUUCUUCCCAUGGAUCCAACAGGCAGAAGGGAGAGCGAGGAGCAGCUCAGUAUUGGCAUCAUCAAAUGCCGGCACGACUGGCAUCAAUGCAGGAACGAGUCCUGCUGAUCAUGAAGACUACCUCGCAGCUUUCCAACGAAAGGCGACAAUACGACUUCCGAGGUCUUCUGUGCAAGCAUCGAUCGGGCAGGUGUUCGAACCACCAGCAACAUCAUCUGAUCUGACGCCUGCUUCCGUUCUCAGCCACUCGAUCCCAGAUGGAGGUACAGCAAAUCUUGGUGCUCCUCAAGGCUCAUCAUCAAGUGCUGGCCACGCGGAUGCACCCGCCGGUGGCCGCGUCUCCCUCUGUGAUGCUGACUACUACCCUGCAGAUCACCCUCUCAGACGCAGCUUUGAGAUGAGGGAUGAAAUUACUGGCCUAUCUUCAAGCCCGCAGCCUCCGAGUGAACUCAUUAGCAGCCCAGUUCAUCCAGCGACUGAUUUAUCUGACUGUGUUCCCACGCACGUAUCAUUGGAAGCACAUGGCUCCCCAAGACGACCCCUAUCAACACUGUCGCAUUCAUCCCCAGCUCCGGCUGAAUUUGAUCCAAACACCAAUGCCAGCACCACUAGCCAGCCCGCUCCACCGCUUGUCCCUGGGCUGAUGGAGCUGGCAGAUGAAGAAUGGAAUGGAUAUGGCGAGUUGCUGGACCUCUACGAGGAUGACCGCCUGCCGGGCUAUCUGGUAUGGAAACGUGGAUCGUCAAGCUCUUCAGCUAUGGCAGUACGCAUCCCACGCCAGAUGGUCGGCUGGAAGGCAGUACUCAUGGAUGCCAUCGGCUUUGAUGCUGCAGCUUUCAAUGCGGCAGAGUCGGUCAAGCAAGCACGCCGCGCGAGCAAGGUGCUUGACAAGCAGGGUUGGCAGGUGCGCCAGGAAGGAAUGAAGAACAGUUACGAUUUCAGGCGAGGAUCAGGGAUCCUUGCUACCAUGCAUGCUGGGCAUCGACUAUUCAAGCAUGACUGGCACAUCAUGGUAAAGGAUGGCUCGCGAUACGUGUGGAGGAUGAACAAGCAAGCGUUGGCGCUGUAUCGUGAAGACAGCGAUGUCAAAGUCGCCGAAUUCAGGAAGGCAUUGCCUCGCUCUUCCACACGUUCGGAUCCUGUUGGCAGUGGUAUGGGCUACAUCCCGGAUGCAGAUAAACGGAUCGGGACGUUCAAGUACGAAGCAGCUACUGUACCGGCUGGCAUCUUUGACAUCAACCUGGCUUUGAUCAGUUUGAUGGCCGUUUUCGGUGCCCGAGGCGGCCAUCAGAAGGUGUCGGCAGCAUUCGAGCCCUCGUCAGACCCUCUUCGCAGAGUGUUGGAGCAACAAAGGCAAGAGACACGGGAUAGAGAAGAGGUGAUGCUGGCAAUGCCUCGUCCCGGGUUUGCGAGAGACACCGAGUCAGUGCUUUCGGACACUACCGAUGAAGAUGGUGGCGAAGAGGAAGUCGAAAGUGAGCUCGUAGCUCGCUGUGUCACUUCCAGGAUGCAGGUACAGUCUGGUCCACCAGCUCCUUACCCAGCACCAGAUAUGCUACCACCGGGAUCACAAGUCGGGCAUGAUGACUAUGCGAGACCUCGCAACACGGCAAAUCGCCAGGACGCUGGACGUAAGAGAUUCUCUUCCUUUUUUGGCAGAGGCACCCGCGCAGAUGGUCAAUUUGAGAGAGGACCAAAGACGGACUCGGAGAAGAUUGUCCGUCAAUACCGAACGCAGAGCAUGUUCUUUGGUCGUUCGCGUCGAUAG